AUGGGUGACAGGACCGCGAGCGACGAGAAGGAGAAGCGCGUAGGCCUUGAGAACGACGAGGACGCUCGUUCGAGUGAAAGCGACGACGACUAUCAGAAGCCCGUCGAGGUCACCUUCGACCCCGGCAAUCCUUACCGCCGCAAAAGCUCACUUGUGACGUCUGACACGUCUAGGCCUCUCCCGCGCCACCCGAGCAGGAGAACAGAGUGCAUCGUCCACCAGUUUCUCGAAAGUCAGCGAAAGGCCCGCGACGCUGUUGCCUCGGCCAGCAACCAUGGCUCCAGGUCCAACUCCGUCUCGAGCGCUUCCAAGACAAAUGAUCACUACCAUCACGGCCAUCCCGGUUACGAGAGUCCUAGCCGGCAAGCGGGCACCAAGGAUGUGUCCGGCGAAACGGGCAUGUACAAGACAGUCGAGCCGAAGGGGCGCGUCGCCAAGCAGAGAGCCUCGAUUCUGGCAGCAGACAGCCCGGAAGGUAGCGACGUCGGCCAGGCCGACGAAAAGUCCUGGCGAACUGAAAUCAUCAAGUCUGCAUCUCAAGUCGACCUCAUGCAGUCCGACGACGAGGACGAGCUUCAUAGCCGGCUACUCACCAAGAAGCAGCUGAGCGAGAUGGCCUGGGGGGUUCGCGAGCUCAGCAGACGCCUUAGCAGCAUGCGCAUCAGGUUCCGCGUCAAGUCCAUCUUCCUCUUGACCAAGAUACACGAUGCGGACCUGAUCAGUCGGACGCGUGAGUUGACCAAGUGGCUUCUGUCGCACGAGCGAGACGUUGACUACACCGUCUACGUGGAGGAAAAGUUCAAGGAUAACAAGAAGUUCAACGCGCCGGGCAUGGUCGAAGAGCUCAGCAAGGAAGCCGUCGAUGCCGGUCAACCGCCAAACAAGGCCAAAGGCGAUGCCAUUUCCAAACGUCUCCGGUACUGGGACGAAGACAUGUGCCGCAACCGGCCGCACAUGUUCGACUUUGUUAUCACCUUGGGCGGCGACGGUACUGUGCUAUAUGCCAGCUGGCUAUUCCAGCGCAUCGUUCCACCAGUGCUGAGCUUUUCUCUCGGCAGCCUCGGUUUCCUGACAAAAUUCGACUUCGAGGAGCACCGCACCAUUCUCGAGAGUGCCUUCAACAAAGGCGUCACAGUAAGCCUGCGUCUGCGCUUCGAGGGAACAAUCAUGAGAAGCCAGCAGAGGAAGAGAUUAGCGGACAUCGAAGAGGGCAGCUCCAGUCAGGAUGAAGACGGACCCAAGCCGGACCUUGUCGAAGAGCUUGUGGGUGAGGAGAGGGAGGACGAGCAUACGCACAAACCAGACGGGACCUUUGAGAUUUUGAACGAAAUUGUCGUAGACCGCGGCCCCAAUCCAACAAUGUCAUAUACGGAAAUCUUUGGUGACGACGAACACUUCACAUCCGUCUUGGCAGAUGGCAUUUGCGUUUCAACCCCAACGGGUUCGACCGCCUACAACCUUGCGGCCGGCGGCUCCCUCUGCCACCCCGAGAACCCAGUCAUGCUCGUCACCGCCAUCUGCGCCCAUACACUCUCCUUCCGCCCAAUCAUCCUACCAGACACCAUCGUCCUCCGGGUAGGAGUGCCCUACGAUGCAAGAACCAACUCAUGGGCCAGCUUCGACGGCCGCGAGCGUAUGGAGCUGUUCCCUGGAGAUUACGUCACCAUCAGCGCCAGCCGGUAUCCAUUUGCAAGUGUCCAGGCCCAGGGCCGGCGCAGCGAGGACUGGGUCAAUAGCAUCAGCGGCAAGCUGGGCUGGAACACGCGGCAGAAGCAAAAGGGCUAUAAGGAAUGGGAUAAAUGA